ACUCCUUCCAGAACUGCGGAUUACCUUCCAUGAGCUCUUCUCCUCCUGUCUGCAAUGAAUUAAGUGAAUUUCAGUGUGGCAAUGGGCAGUGCAUACCCAAAGGCCAAGUAUGCGACAUGCAGUCAGACUGCUGUGACAAUUCUGAUGAGUCUCCUUACCAGUGCUAUGCAUAUAAAAAAAUUGAUUUUGAGCAGGGCUUGGAUGGUUUUGUGCAGCUGACUGAUGACAAUUUUAAUUGGACACGUCAUCGGGGUCCAACAGAGACAUCAGGGACAGGUCCCUCACAAGAUCACACAACUGAUUCUACAUCUGGAUACUAUUUAUAUAUUGAAUCUUCGCCUCCUCAGCAGCUAAAUGACAAAGCUCGUCUAGCUUACUAUCUACCAGCACCCACUCCUGGCUUCUAUUGUAGCAUGCGUUUGUGGUACCACAUGUAUGGAGCACACUCAGGGAGCCUUAACAUCUACAGUCAAGAUGCAGCAGGUAACACUAUCCCUUACCAAACCCUGGCCUUAGACCAUGGCAACCAAUGGCGGAAAUCAGAAGUCACUUUUGAUGCACAGCUUCCUUUCUCAGCAAUCAUUGAAGGAGUCGUAGGGGUGGGACAACUGAGUGACAUAGCAAUCGAUGAUGUCUCUUUCACACCAGGAUGUGGCAUAGGAUCACUUUUUCCUCCCUCACUGCCACCAACAACACAGUCUUCCACUGGUUUACCUUUCCCACCAUGCCAAGCUGGUCAGUUCCAAUGUGCAUCCACUGGCAUGUGCAUCCCAGGAGAAAACCAGUGUGACUUUAACACAGACUGUCCUGAUAACAGCGAUGAAAUGUCAUGUUUCACCAUUGGUACCUGUACUUUCUCAUCCUCUUUCUGUGGGUGGACAGAAUACAUUCCAGAUUCAAUGGACUGGCAGUGUGUGAGGCCUAGUGAUAUUCACAAUGUCACAACUUCCCCACAAAAAGAUGGCGAUGGGUCAAGCAAUGGCUAUUUUCUGUACUUACAGGACACUCAAAAUGGUAACACCAAUGGCCAGACAGACAGACUAAUGAGUCCAGUGUACAGCAUGUGUGUUGGAGAAUGCAAGAUUCAGUUCUCAUACUUCAUACAGGGAUCUAACCCAGGAACUCUAGCUCUCUCAAUCUUUUCAUCUUCUGUGAACAACACUCUGUGGAAAUCAGUCAGCACUGCAUCAGAUCAGUGGGUCACAGAAAUUGUUGGAAUUGACCGAAGGAAAGACAAGUUCUCUCUUCAGUUUGAACGUUUAGAUGCACCUAACAUGUCAGGCACUAUUGCCAUUGAUAACAUUGAGUUUUCUAACUGUGGACUACCACUGCCUAUUUCAGAGUGCCCAUCAGACUUAUUCAACUGCUCAAACCAUGCUUGUAUUGAUAGCAGUCUCAUUUGUGAUCACAUGGAUGACUGUGGUGACAAUUCUGAUGAAAGUCCCAGCCUGUGUACUCAGUACAAAAUGUAUGACUUUGAUGAAAACCCACAGAAUCUUGGUGAUUUCAGUCAGGGGUUGACCAAGGUUGACGACCAGCAAGACUGGUCACUGUACAAAGGAAACAGUACACCAGGCCUUCCCACCAUGGAUCACACAACAGGCACCCACUAUGGACAGUACAUCUAUCUCUGGGCCUCCAACAGGACCAAGUUUGGGGACACAGCAUGGCUUGUGUCUACACCCUUCCAAGCCUCUACCUCAGACAAACCUUGUUCACUGCACUUCUUUUACUAUAUUUACGGCAGCAAUGGACAUCAGAUCAACAUCAUGUAUCGUACCCAUAACAACGGACCAGCUGACCAAGUAGUAUGGUCAGUGAGUAGCAGCUAUGGAGCCAUUUGGCAGAGAGCAUCCGUACGGAUUAGUGUCUCCCAGCCAUUCCAGGUCAUCAUUGAAGGUCAACUAAGGGGCAGCAGCUAUGGUGUAGCCAUUGAUGACCUUUCCCUCAGCCCUGGCUGCUCUGUCAGUGACAGUCCACUGCCAGCACUACCAGUAACCCCACCAACCACACCUCCUCCAGCCUGUACAAGCAACCAGUACUUAUGUAUCAUCAACAGGAUGUGCAUCAGCAACAGGAGUCGAUGUGAUGGUGUCAGUGAUUGCCCUGACUCCUCAGAUGAACUUGGCUGUGGCUGCAGCAAGGAUAAAUUUAGAUGUGGUAAUGGUGUUUGUAUUAACUUGGACAAGAAAUGUGAUGCAGCCAAUGACUGUAGUGAUGAGAAUGCAUCAGAUGAAAAGGAUCCAAGCUGUGCCUUGUAUUUGCGCUUCAGUUUUGAGAGUUCUAGCUUCGGUGAAUUUACCCAAGGCCACACAGGCAUAGAAGAUAAGACUGACUGGCAGAUUGGGCAAGCAAGCAGCAUGUCAUUCUCAGGACUUCCACUUACAGACCACACCACUGGGAAAUCCUCUGGACAUUUCUUGUUUGCAAGGUCUAAUAACCCUGGAGACACAGCCUGGCUCAUUUCUCGACCAUUUGGAGCGACAGCAGGACAGAACUGCCAGAUGAAGCUUUUCUUCUACAUCUUUGGCAGCAGUGUGCAUCAUCUCAGCAUCCUGUACCGCACACACAAUGCUGGGCCUCCUGAUGGGCAGAUCUGGACAAGUGCUGGUCAGCAGGGCCCCAAAUGGCUGGAAGCUUCACCCCUCAUCAGUAUUGCCACACCUUUCCAGAUUAUUAUUGAAGCAUAUGUGGCCAUGGCCAAUCAAGCUAUUGCUAUUGAUGAUGUGUCUUUUACACCUGAUUGCCAGCACAGUGUUACCAGCCUGCCACCAAUGCCAGUCAUUACAACAGUGAAACCAGUGACUCUUGCAACUGCUGCAACCAGAACAUCACAACCUUUGCUACCAGUGUGUAGAAACACUGAGUUGAUGUGUGAUAACCAACUGCAGUGUUAUCCCAAAGCUCAGUUAUGUGAUAACAGGAAUGACUGUACUGAUGGAAGUGAUGAAGCAAAGUCCAAAUGCACCUGCUAUCCUGACUUUUGCUUGAAUGGCGGCCACUGCUUGGUUCAAGCUGGUAUGGGACCUACAUGCAGAUGUGUCAACAACUAUUCAGGCUUUUACUGUAAUGAACAGCCUACUAUCAAUCCAACAUCUGCAUUCCAUCAGGGUAGCAACAGUAACACAGAGAAAUGGGCAGCUCCAGUGGGUGUGAUUCUGGCACUACUUGCCAUCAUUGCAGUUGUUGGCAUCUAUAUUCUUCACAAAAGAAACAGAGGGCAUAGGUUUCCAUUUGGAUUCUGGCGGCGAACUGGUUCCAGUGAUGGCCUUGCCAAUCCUAUUUAUGACUAUGGCACAGGAGAUUCUGAUGUACAUGCUGCUGAACUAGAGCCUCCAAACUUACAAGAUUUUGAAAACCCAUCUGGGAUGAUUACAUUCAGCACAUCAGGAUCAGUUGAUAACCCUCUCUACACAGAAGCUUAAUAAACAGCUCGUGUCCACUUUACACUUAGGCAUGAAAAAAAAGUACUUCAUUUUCUGUCAACAUUCAAAUGGAUAAUAAAAGUUCUGUUCAUAAAACUUA